GUAUUAGACUGCAUUACUUUUAACUAGGUGUAUCUAAUUAACUACCACUUGAAUGCAUAAUGACUACGGAGAUGAAAUAGUUUUUAGGCUAUACCAUAGUUUUCCGCAUGAUGGCGACAUUAAUAGUUUUUUUUUUUUGCUUCAAGUCGUAUUAAUUGCAUAUUUCCGACGCCACGUGAACACAGCACCAGAGCUACAUUUGACACUUCUAACCUGAUACUAGCUAAUGCUAAUAUUCAGCAUGUCUGAGAAGGAGCUUGGGAGAAAGUGGGACCGAUGCCUGGCAGAUGGUGCUAUUAAACUCGGCACUGGACUAGGGUUAGGAGUCGUGUUUUCUGUUCUGUUCUUCAAACGGCGCACAUGGCCAAUUUCAUUGGGCUCAGGAGCAGGACUUGGCAUGGCAUACGCCAACUGCCAGAAUGACUUGAGGUCACAUUAUCUGCUGCACAAGAGCAAAAAGGAGCAGUAGCUGGAAGUCAUCACAGGACUGUCUUUUUUUUUAUUUGUUCUUUUGUUUGUUUGUUUGUUUGAUGUGUCUGUGGGAAAGUCAGCUUUUGCGCCGAUCUACAGUUGGGCUCUUGUAUCCAAUGAACAAGCCUUCCCUGGUAUGGCUGAUUU